AUGCUGGAGGGCGACGCGCCCGUGGCCGCCCCGAGGGCCGGGGACUCGGCGGGCAUGCACGAUUCGUGGAAGUGGAUCGCGAAGGAGCUUGGGCGAGGUGGCGAGGACGCGGAGGUCGUCCGAGGGUUGUGGGAAGCCGUGUGGUCGGCGUUUGCUCCGCGCAGGACGUGGAUAACGGACGCUGUCGGCUUCCGCAGAUGCGGCGCGACGGCCAAGCAUCUGCGACGCCCCUCCCUGGCUCCCGGCUUCUCCGCAAACGACGCGACCGCCAUCUUCCGCGCAGGCGCAUGCGCAGGGAUCGCCCUGGUCGUCUACGACACAGGCCAAGGGCAGCAGCCGUUUAUGUCCUCCUGGCGGACGGGCAACCAUGUGUUGAAGCACGUGGCGGAAUUCGAUGCCGGCGCAGUCGCACUCACAGGCGUGCACUUCGCACAGAGGGGUGCGCUCCCGGCGGGCACGCACCGCCACUCGUGGCUGAUGGGCGACGGCCUGUUGCCCAUCAAGGGGCGCCGCAGGGUCGGCGCGGCAAAGCGCGGCCUGGAGAAGGUGGUGCCGGGACUGGCGCAGCUGUUGGAGGGCGAUCCAAACUGCCGGCGAGAGUUCCUGGCGACCGUGGACGGGCAACAGGCGGCCGAGGAGUCCAGCGGAAUGAGACCAGCCCGAGCUGCGUUGGUUUACUGGCGUACGUUAGUGUGGCACAAGUUCGGGGCGAAGGGGUACGAGGGUGACCUGGAUGAGGAGGUGCCCCCUAUGCCGGGGGUUGUGCAAAUGGUGAAGUUCGCGGAGGCGAGCCCCGGGAUGGGCAGGGAUAAGAGGGCCCCGGAUUUUGAUCAGCGCAUGCCAUAUGACAAGCUGCUGGCCUGGAACGCCUACACCCUGGCCAGGGAUGUAAAAAGGGAUGUGGAAAAGGCGCGCCGCGCCGUUGGUCCACGGGUGGUGAUGGCAGCCGCGUGGACGUUCCGGAAAGGCAUUCGAGGGGAGGGUGCCUUUGCCGCAGAGCACGACGAGGUGCAACACGAGUGGCCGGUGGAGUUAUCCGGGGGGGCUGCAGCAAAGCGACGAUUGACAAUGGCGUCCUCUUCACCGCGGGCACCGCUGGGGCAAGCCGACCUGGACCAACUGUACCUCUGCCUUCAGGGCGCGUUGUCUUCGGACGUCGCUGCACAAAAGCGUGCGGAAGCAGCCCUGGCGGAUCUCUCCACAGCCGCGGGAUUCUGCUCAUGCCUUGUGGAGAUUAUUCGCAAAGCUGAGGCUGAUCACAGUGCCAGAUGGCUGGCAUCGGUGCAGCUAAAGAAUACGGUGGCCAAGCUCUGGAGGACCAAGAGGGACACAUCGGGCAUUUCACAGGAUGAGAAACAUCAUUUGCGGCAGAGUCUUCUUACCAUGAUUGGCCAGGAAGAUGACAAGAUUGCGCUGCAGAUGGCCCUCAUUUUUGGCAAGGUCGCAAGGAUUGACUUUCCAAGCCAAUGGCCUGACCUGAUUUCAUGCCUGAUGGCUGCACUGCGAACGGGCAACCCCUUGCUCUCACGCCGCACCUACCUUAUCUUGCACUAUGUACUCAAAGAGUUGUCAUCGAAGCGAUUGCCUGCAGAUCAGAAGCUGUUCGCAGAGGUGACCCUUGAACUUUUUGCACCUCUUUGGAAGGAGUGGUGCCAAAGCAGCACAGGCAUUGUUGAAAACUUGCCACAAGCCAUGGCACAGCCCCACGACUGCCAGGGACUUCUGGCCGUUUUUGAAAAUUGGUUGCAUUUGUUGAAGGUUGUUCAUUUGUUUUUGACGUUUGGACAUGGGAGCGAUGCAAGGGCUCUGGAGGUGGUUCCCGUCGUGUGCACUGCAGCACCAACACUGCUGCAGGUUCUGCAGAGCCUGAUGGCAAACAAGCCGAAACAGCCAGCCUCUGACAACCAGCUUCAUUCAGUCCUGGCGAAAGGGGUAGCAAAGGUUGCCAAAUUGCUGACAGCACUGCAGGAAGUGCAUCCUUGGUCGCUUGCCGACUCAGGAGCUCUGCUUGGCAGUCUCAAGUUCUUUGUCAGUCACCUAAUCGAAGCAGAGGCCAGGGGGGAGCCCCUCUUCGAGCGUCAUCUUGUGCAGGCCUCCAAAUUCAUAGUCAACUCAUUGCAGUGUAAAUCGUACAAGGGGAGCAGCCAGGGCUUGGCAAGCUCCGACAAAUGCAAGACACAGGGAUUUUGUGGCAGGGAGAUCGCUUGA